GCUGCCUGGACGCCACGCAACCUUCACAAGGUGACAGGCGAGCCGCAAGACUAGCCGAGCAAGCCUCGAGCAUUUCAAAUCCAUUUUAGCAGCUUGAAUUUCGCGUUUCCGUGUUAUACUUUUCAUCAGUGGAACUCAUAUUUGUUUCUUCGACGCUUGUGUUGUCGGAAUCCUUGUUCAUGACAGUGUUUUAACUAACUUCGCCAAAAUUAAUUUACGUUUAAUCUGUGUAUUCGUUAUUGCCUUUCUAAUGGUGCCGCGAAAUUUUUGUAUCUCGCCAAUAUUUGUUGGUUUUUCGCGUGUUCGUGUACUGCAGGUGACGUAGACGUAGUCCUGGUCGGGCAAGUACAGGAAACCAGUCGCAUUCGACGAUUUAAGUUCAUGACAGUGACUCACGAGGAUUAAAUCAAAGUGUUGUUCGUCAUGACUUGUGUGCGACCAGUGGAUUUCGGAAUGCUGGGACGAGUUGGUUCUGAUAUAUGUAUCUGUGAUUCAGCGUGUGAAUUCAUUUGAAUAACGAGGUUCAGUUUUAGGAUUAGUUUAAGUGUUGGUAAUUGUGAUUCGUUUAAUAAACGUGUGAAAGAACACAAGUAGUUCUUCAUCUUAACAUGCGUGACACUUCAGGUACCACAUAGCAGGACAGACAAUGUAAGGGGUUGAUGCAUUGGAUGUUCCGAUGCCCCUCCUUUCAGCGACAGCCGCACGACCCGGUGGCGACUCUGUUUCUUGUCAGGACGCUGAGAGAGCGGGUGGUACUGCCCGCGACAUCGCUCUGUCGUGGUCGGCAGUACCGAUAACACCACCAGCGCAACGGAGACCACUCUGUAAGCUGCCAGUCUUCGUAACCCACCUCAAGAUUAUGCCUACCGGUGAAGUAACUUCUUCUUCAUCACUGUCACCUUCAUCAUCCUCGUGUUCACCUUCACCCACGUCCUCUCGUCGGACUACAUUCAACCGGCUCAAUCCUGUGAUAAAUCGGUUUACUAGAUGAUACUACGAGAGAUCGAACAUUUGUUGUACCCACCAUGAACGAUACGUUGGAUACAACGCUUACUGGCAGUAGCGUGUCAGUGAAUAAUUCUUUACACCACUCACCACCGGGCCCUAAUUGGGGAGCGCCGGGGGGUGGUGUUGGGAGCCCUCGCUUCAAUAAUUCUCAUCACCAGCAACAUUCCCAGACUCCCACCAGUUCUUCUGCCGCCUUCGUCUCUGGGAAGACGAAGUCAGCGGUGACGCCAUCGGCAGGUGGCGGUGGCGUGUUAACUAACUCUGUGAUGGAACAACUGAGGCCUCCGGACACCGGGGGUAGUGCUAGUGUAGGACACUGCGGUGUUACAUCAUCUUCAGCACCCUCGUGUAAUAAAGACGAUUCGAAUGCGUGUGGUAGCAGACGACCGCCUUCUUCGUCAGUAGUAACGGCGUCUUCGGGAGCUGUUACCGUCAUCAGUGUUCAACACGGGGGGACCUGUAAGCCGAACGUGGAAAAUGUACAUCCCGAUAACGGAAAAACUAUCAAGUAUUAUCAAUCUUGCAAUGGUUCUGUGGUCUCGGAGCAAGGCGUGGUGCGAUCUACUGGAAAGUGUGACUUGCCAGGAGGUAGCACUGGGAUCGGAGGGAUGACUGUGCCUAUCAAAGAUGAGGAGGAUGACGUCUCAGGCUCUGAUGGGGAAGUCAGUAAGAUUGAUUUUACAGGGGUGAACUUAAGGACCAAGAAAAAGCGCGUAGUUGGAAGUGAAGACUCGCAGGAUGGCUUCGAUGAGCCGGAACGGCCCAUGUCGUGGGAGGGCGAGUUGUCUGAUGCAGAAAUGAGUAUUGUUACAGGAGCCUGCCUCAGUAAUAAGCAGGAGCAUGAAGAAACAUCAAUGGAAGGUGUGCAGAUCUGUGGUGUCAACAAUUCUUCACCACAAAUAGAUAGAGAAGAUAAUAAGCGUCCUUUGAAGUUUGGAGAGAGUGUGGUGGACAAGGUUUUAGAACAUGUGCGGUCAAAACAACUUCAUCAUCACCAUCCCCAGGCUGGAUCAGGAAAUAACAUCUUGUCGCAGAACAACACCACAGCAACUGACUUGCCACUUUUGGUGGAUAAACUGUUGGGUAACAGUGUCUGUUACAACACAACACCUUCCCAUAGCCCAGUUUUGCAGCAGAGACACAUGGGACACCACCUCAAACAUUCACAUCACAGUGGUAACCAGGCAGUGCCACCUACUCCGAGUCCAGAUUCUGCCAUACAUUCUGCCUAUUCAUAUUCAUCUCCAGCUCAAAGUCCUGUGACUUCACGCCACGGCAGUAGCCAUGGGUUACCAUCAUCAGGUUUCAGCUCACCAUACACGCCAUCCCUGUCACGAAACAACUCUGAUGCAUCUCAGUACGGAGGCUCGCAACACAGCAGUUGCUACAGCUAUUCGUCUGUCUCUGUGUCCCCGACACAGUUCUCUCCCACACAUUCCCCCAUCCAGUCCAGGCAUAUGCAUGCACACGGUGCUGUUGGGGCAGGCUUUCCUUCUCCUGUGAUGCCUCGUGGUCCAGACUUUGGAACUACUCCUGGGAAUGCAGGGUCACCUCUUCAUGUGAUGGCAGGCGGAGUCAUCUACGGAAAUGUGUCUGUUCCCAGAUCAGGGUUGGUGACUGUAACAGGCCCCGGAGAUGAUGGCUUGCCACAAGAAGCUGUAGCAGCAGCAGAUGCAAAUGAUGAGCGAGAAGGAAUUCUGGAUGAGAAGAUGUCUUCCUUCACAGCAGAUUUGGUCCCACAUUCAGCAUUGGCUGCUCCACCUGGUAUCUCAAGGCAGCAGCUCAUCAACAGUCCAUGUCCCAUUUGUGGGGAUAAGAUUUCUGGUUUUCAUUAUGGUAUCUUCUCUUGUGAGAGCUGUAAAGGAUUCUUUAAAAGGACCGUUCAGAAUCGCAAGAAUUAUGUCUGUCUUCGUGGAUCUUCAUGUCCUGUAACCAUUGCAACGCGAAAGAAAUGUCCUGCAUGCCGUUUUGAGAAAUGUCUUAAAAUGGGCAUGAAGCUAGAAGCUAUCCGUGAAGAUAGAACUCGUGGUGGUCGUAGCACUUAUCAGUGCUCAUAUACACUGCCUGCCAGCCUUGUGGCUCCACCUGGAAGUGAUACCUCUAAUCAUAAAUUGCUUGCCCCCUCUGGUGACCCCCAGGUAAAGCUGGAGGCUCCAGAUGUGGGGGUAGUAGCAGGGAGCAGUGGGAAUGGAAAUGGAGGAACAGGUCCUCUCAACUCCAGGCAUCUCGACAAACUAGCCGUCCCUCAAUUAUUGCAAGAAAUAAUGGAUGUGGAGCACUUGUGGCACUAUAAUGACCAGGAGAUGCAAAAAUUGUCAGCCCAUGGAGGUAGCUGUAGUAGUAGUAGUAGUAGCAGCAGUAGCAGCAGUAGCAGUAGUAGCAGCACAAGCAGUAAUGGCAGCAACAACAAUGGUAAUACAGGGGCCAGUGGCAGUAACUCAGAUUUUUUAUCCAACCUGUGCAACAUUGCUGACCACCGUCUGUACAGACUCGUCAAGUGGUGCAAGAGUCUGCCACUCUUCAAGAAUAUAUCGAUUGACGAUCAGAUCUCAUUACUGAUCAAUGCGUGGUGUGAGCUCCUGCUUUUCUCUUGUUGCUUCCGAUCUAUGUCAACACCCGGUGAAAUUCGUGUGAGUCUUGGCAAGUCCAUUUCUCUAGCCCAGGCUAGGGAUCUGGGACUUGGAGCUUGUAUUGAGCGAAUGCUCAACUUCACCGAACACCUCCGACGGCUUCGUGUUGACAAGUAUGAAUAUGUUGCCAUGAAGGUCAUUGUACUUCUUACCUCAGAUGCAAGUGACUUGCGAGAAGCAGAGAAGGUACGUGCAUCUCAGGAGAAGGCCUUGGAAGCCUUGCAGGAUUACACACUUGCUCACUACCCUGAGAUUCCUUCCAAAUUUGGAGAAUUGUUGCUUCGAAUUCCUGAGUUGCAGAGGACGUGCCAGGUUGGUAAGGAGAUGCUGUCAAUAAAGAACAAAGAAGGUGAAGGUCCUAGCUUCAACUUGCUCAUGGAAUUGCUGAGAGGGGACCACUGAAAUGUGCCACAAGUCUUAAUGUGCCUUCACAUCCUCGUGUAGAAAAGGACAUCAGCUAGGACUCAAGUGUAGUUUAUGGUGGUGGUGGUGGUAUUCUGUGGUUGGUAGCAACCUCAUGUUAUGUUUCUUUUAUAUGGAAGUAAAAAAAGCUUUUUUGUUAAUUAAAAUGUACUUAGCCCUUGAACUCAGCUUAAUUACCAUUGUAAACAGUGGUACUAGCAACUUUUCUUUAUAGAAAAGCAAAUCGAAAUGGUGCAGAAUAUUCUGACAGUGGAAUAAAUCGUUACUAUGCAUAUUUUUAUUACGUUGUACUUUAUUAUUUGUAAAUAGUGUGAGUUGUGAUUUUUGUGAGUGUAUUGUGUAUGUGUAAAAUUUUAAAAUGAAAUUUUCUAUUGUUUUUCACUUUUUUGUAAGUACUCUUAUUAUGUGACUUUUUUUAAAAGAAACAGAUUUUUAUAUAUUAUAAGAAAAUAUAAAAAAUCACGUGUUGUGGUGUGUGAUGUCAUUGAAUGACUCACCAAUGGCCGCUUUCAAAAAGCAGCUUAUAAUAAAUAUUGUUAUGAGUUAUUCCAGCUUUUACAAAAGCUUAUGAAAGUAAUAAGUGGAUAUUGCUGAAGAGGCUAUAUGCAUACAAACACCUUUAUACUGAUGGACAAAGAGUAUGAGUGCUGUGGCAGCAAACUAUAUAAAGACCCAAGACAGGUACUUAUAAAGUUAUGAAUUGCGAAUUGUCUUUGUUUUCUCUUAGUUUAAACAUUGUAUUCAAAUUAAUGGUUCAUUUUUUUCACUGUCACUUCACAGCCUAUGUAAGUUAAAUUACACUUUUUACAUUAUUUUACUGUAUAUAGAAAAUUGUCACUGAUGUCAUUAUUUUUUGAGCAGCAUGUUUUGAAUAGAAUGUCAUCAUCAUCAGGUUCAGUACACUUUGUUAUACUCAUGUCUCAGCACUACCAUGCAGAUAUUUAUAACUGAUAAGAAUUCUACACAGACUUAUGUAUAAGAAAGUGUAAUGAGUUUGGUGAUUACAGAUUCUAAUUGAAACAUGUUACUCAGAGAAAGUUUUGAUAUCAGUGACAACUUCUGUGAAAAUAAUAAAACAGCAUAAAAAGUGUAAUUCAACUGGCAUAGAUGUGUGAAGUAAGGUGAUAAAUCUGAAUCAAUAAUAGUGAACACCAGGAUGUUACAAUAAAUAUAGAAUUGUAUUCAAAGACAAAAUUUAUCUGGUAAUAUGUGCAAAUAUAUAAUGGUUGAGAUAUGUCUUCUGCUGAAGACGGUUAUUAUAUGGAACCUACAAAAGUUAAAUGCAAGGGGUCUGAAAUUCAUUUUAUCUGCAGGCCAAAUUGUAUAGUGAACAUUCAUUUAAAGGCUGCUUCGCAUGUAAAACACAUGUCAUUGUUCCAAAAGGAAUAAUUUUUUUGUGUUCAGUAUAAAAACCUGAUAUUAAGAAUUAUAUAUAAGUUGGCUUUCAUAGCCAGAGUCAGCUUCCGGAGACAGCCUCAAUCACAUACAGCUCGCAUUAUUAAUGUUUCAUUGAUUUCUUUUUUAAAUUUUGCUCUGCGUUAUGGUUUAUGUAUAUGAAUUCCAUGAAUUAUUAUCUAAGAGUAAUUGGAUGUUCCUCACUACUGGCAUUUCAUGUUAAUUCUGAUGAGUUUCCACAUAAGUUACAAAUGACUACAUAUUUCAAACAAAGCUGUGAAUGAAUUGACAUUUAUAUAGCAUUACAUGGAAAUAAAUAUCAAAUUAACUAAAAGUAUUGAAGGUUUCUCUAGAAAAGAGAACUGUAUAACAUUAUUUUAAACAUAUUGCUUAAAGACAGAUGUUAAGUAGUCUGUUUUAAUUAUUUGAAGUUGAGGGAAAUCUCUUGAUAGUAGCAAGAAUAUAUCUGAUCUUUCAGUACUGUUCAGUGGAAAUAAGAUUAUGUUGGAAGUUAUUUCAACCUUAUACAAACUAUAUAAGAGGAAAUAUGUCUGGUUAUAUUCCAAGAAUUGGUUGAUAAAGAUAUAUACAGGAACUUGAGUAGUAUAAACCAUUUCUAAUAAGUGACUGAGCUUCCAGCAUUUGUCAUGAAACCACUAAACUUGUGUUAACAUUGUGUGUAUUGUGUUAUAUAUUGGACAAGAAAUGCUCAUGGAACUGCAUCAGAUGGCAUUGACUCCUUAGUGGUUUCAAAGUUUGGGUCACAAACUAUGACAGUAGGUCAUAAUUUUCCAUGAUUUGGAUAGCCAUACUUACAGUAUAAGAUUUAUUAAAAAUAAAGUGAUUUGUAGGUUAUGGUCAA